AUGUGCAAUUUCAGUUCAACUUUUUCGCUGAAAUUCGAGAAAUUCGUUUUUUUUCAGAUUUUCAGCUUGUUCUGCUGAAAUUCAAACAUCCUCUCUGCGUCUCUUAAUCUCCCGUUGUCUUUCCUCGCUCACUGAAAAUGCGCCAGCACUCACUGCUGACGCGCUUUUCGUGAUCGCCAAGCGUGCCAGACAGAAUUUUCCAGUGAGUUCUUCACUAUUUUUCGCCGUUUGUCCUCGAAUUGUCAGCGAAUUCUUUAAAUUUUCAGCCUGCAAAAAUGACAGAAGAGUCGGAAAAGCUGUCGGCACGUGGAGUACCGAAAUGCGAACUGAUUGUGAGUGAAAAAACCGCUGAAAAAGUGAACAAUUGACUUUUUUACAGGAAGAUGUCGCCGGAUGGCUGGCAAAAGAGAAAAUGUCGCCCGAGGAGGCGGAAGUGGUGACGCGAGAGAAGUACGGAAAGUACAAGUACGUCGAGUCGUCGCUGACCGCUCAAAAAGCGCGGAUGGGCGAGAAGUUGCCGGACUUCGACAACAGCCUAACCAUUAUCGGCACGCUGAUCGCAAAAAGAGCGGCGAAUGAGUCGUUCGAGACAACUUUUCUGCUUUCCGACGAUGUUUACUCGAAGGCCACCGUGCAGAAGCCCGAAACGGUGGGUUUUGCUGAAAUUUCCCGGGAAAAAUUAAAAUUCUUAGUAGAGCCGAACAAGUUUUGUAUAUUCUGUGACUGAAACGCUGAAACGCGAAAAUCUCAAAUUUGCAGGUAUCGCUGUGGCUCGGCGCGAACGUAAUGGUCGAGUACGGUCUGGAAGAGGCGAAGCAAAUGCUCGAGAAGAACCGGAGCUCUGUGCAAAAGGUGGUGGACGAGCUGACGCGAGAGCUCGACUACCUCAAGGACCAGAUCACGACCACAGAAGUGAAUCUGUCGCACAUCAUCAACUACGCCGUCGCGAAACGUCGUGCAGCCGCCGCCGCCGCCAAAUAA